AGAUCUCGCGUGCGCUCGCCGCCCGGCGCAGCCCAGCCCGGCCCCCGCCUGGCGCCGCGAGCCGAGGUGUCUCCCGCGCCCGCGCCCGUGUCGCCGCCGUGCCCGCGAGCGGGAGCCGGAGUCGCCGCCGCCCGAGCGCAGCCGAGCGCACGCCGAGCCCGUCCGCCGCCGCCAUGGCCACCACGGUGACCUGCACCCGCUUCACCGACGAGUACCAGCUCUACGAGGAUAUUGGCAAGGGGGCUUUCUCUGUGGUCCGACGCUGUGUCAAGCUCUGCACCGGCCAUGAGUAUGCAGCCAAGAUCAUCAACACCAAGAAGCUGUCAGCCAGAGAUCACCAGAAGCUGGAGAGAGAGGCUCGGAUCUGCCGCCUUCUGAAGCAUUCCAACAUCGUGCGUCUCCACGACAGCAUCUCCGAGGAGGGCUUCCACUACCUGGUCUUCGAUCUGGUCACUGGUGGGGAGCUCUUUGAAGACAUUGUGGCGAGAGAGUACUACAGCGAGGCUGAUGCCAGUCACUGUAUCCAGCAGAUCCUGGAGGCCGUUCUCCAUUGUCACCAAAUGGGGGUCGUCCACAGAGACCUCAAGCCGGAGAACCUGCUCCUGGCCAGCAAGUGCAAAGGGGCUGCAGUGAAGCUGGCAGACUUCGGCCUAGCUAUCGAGGUUCAGGGGGACCAGCAGGCAUGGUUUGGUUUCGCUGGCACACCAGGCUACCUGUCCCCUGAGGUCCUUCGCAAAGAGGCGUAUGGCAAGCCCGUGGACAUCUGGGCAUGUGGGGUGAUCCUGUACAUCCUGCUUGUGGGCUACCCACCCUUCUGGGACGAGGACCAGCACAAGCUGUACCAGCAGAUCAAGGCUGGUGCCUAUGACUUCCCGUCCCCUGAGUGGGACACCGUCACUCCUGAAGCCAAAAACCUCAUCAACCAGAUGCUGACCAUCAACCCUGCCAAGCGCAUCACAGCCCAUGAGGCCCUGAAGCACCCGUGGGUCUGCCAACGCUCCACGGUAGCAUCCAUGAUGCACAGACAGGAGACUGUGGAGUGUCUGAAAAAGUUCAAUGCCAGGAGAAAGCUCAAGGGAGCCAUCCUCACCACCAUGCUGGCCACACGGAAUUUCUCAGUGGGCAGACAGACCACCGCUCCGGCCACAAUGUCCACCGCGGCCUCCGGCACCACCAUGGGGCUGGUGGAACAAGCCAAGAGUUUACUCAACAAGAAAGCAGAUGGAGUCAAGCCCCAGACGAAUAGCACCAAAAACAGUGCAGCCGCCACCAGCCCCAAAGGGACGCUUCCUCCUGCCGCCCUGGAGCCUCAAACCACCGUCAUCCAUAACCCAGUGGACGGGAUUAAGGAGUCUUCUGACAGUGCCAAUACCACCAUAGAGGAUGAAGACGCUAAAGCCCGGAAGCAGGAGAUCAUUAAGACCACGGAGCAGCUCAUCGAGGCCGUCAACAACGGUGACUUUGAGGCCUACGCGAAAAUCUGUGACCCAGGGCUGACCUCGUUUGAGCCUGAAGCACUGGGCAACCUGGUUGAAGGGAUGGACUUCCACAGAUUCUACUUCGAGAACCUGCUGGCCAAGAACAGCAAGCCGAUCCACACGACCAUCCUGAACCCACACGUGCACGUCAUUGGAGAGGAUGCCGCCUGCAUCGCUUACAUCCGGCUCACGCAGUACAUUGACGGGCAGGGCCGGCCCCGCACCAGCCAGUCUGAGGAGACCCGCGUGUGGCACCGCCGCGACGGCAAGUGGCAGAACGUGCACUUCCACUGCUCGGGCGCGCCUGUGGCCCCGCUGCAGUGAAGCCAAGGGAGGGGCACAGAAUGGGGAACAGGACACAGGAUCCUAAACUCCAAGGGGACUGUCCACCGAUGAACACUCAGAGUGGACACCAUCUUCCGUCCACGCUGUGCCCAGGACAGCUGUCCCCAUCCAUGAACACAGGGUAAACAUCUGCCGGGCUCCGCACCAGUGGCUCCCUGGGCCAUGGGACAGCGGCAGGGCUCACCACGGACAGCGCGUGGCCCAGCAGCCGGCCACCCUGGCGUCCUGGGGCCUCCUCCCCUCCUCUCCCUCUCACCUUGUCACCUCCGCGGAGCUGCCUGUCUGGGAUAAUUUGGGGAUUUUUUUUCUGGGGGAUAAUUCUUUUGCAUGACCCCUAAAGAGCAAGCCACACCGGUCUGCUAGCUAGGUGUCCGCGGUGUGGUGGUGGCGGCCGCUGGCCAGCGCUGCAAGGGGUCGGCUGCCCACGGUGCUGGCUGGCCUCCCCUCCUCUCUCUUUUUGCUGAGUUUCAUUGUCUUUUCUUUCUGAGCCUUGUAAGUGUACAAAAAUUAUUCUUAUUUUGUUCUGUCUCGGGAAACUGCAAAUAAAAGAAAAACAGGACAAACUGC